AUGUCCGCCCGUGUGCCCGUGUGUCCCGUGUCCUCAUGUCCCCCCAUCCCUACAUUCCUUACAUCCCACGUGUCCCCACGUCCCUCCGUGUUCCUCGUGUCCCCGUAUGUCCCGUGUCCUCUGUGUCUGUGCAUGUCCCCCCACGUCCACGUCUCUCGUGUCCCCCCGUGUCCCCCCGUCCCCAGGUGGAACCGCGUGAUCGUGGAGAAGCCCUUUGGGCGGGACCUGGGCUCGUCGGAGGAGCUGUCGGCGCACCUGAGCGCGCUGUUCCGCGAGGAGCAGAUCUACCGCAUGGACCACUACCUGGGCAAGGAGAUGGUGCAGAGCCUGAUGGUGCUGCGCUUCGGCAACCGCAUCUUCGGGCCCAUCUGGAACCGCGACAACGUCGCCUGCGUGGUGCUCACCUUCAAGGAGCCCUUCGGCACCGAGGGCCGCGGUGGCUACUUCGACGACUUCGGCAUCAUCCGGGACGUGAUGCAGAACCACCUUCUGCAGCUGCUCUGCCUGGUGGCCAUGGAGAAGCCGGCAUCCACCAACCCCGACGAUGUCCGUGACGAGAAGGUGAAGGUGCUCAAGUGCAUCAGCCCGGUGGAGCUGCAGGACGUAGUGCUGGGCCAGUACGUGGGCAACCCCGAGGGUCCCCCCGAGGCACAGAAGGGCUACCUGGACGACCCCACGGUGCCCCCAGGCUCCACCACGCCCACCUUCGCCACCGCCGUGCUGCGUGUGGCCAACGAGCGCUGGGACGGCGUCCCGUUCGUGCUGCGCUGCGGGAAGGCGCUGAACGAGCGCAAGGCCGAGGUGCGGCUGCAGUUCCGGGAGGUGCCCGGGGACAUCUUCUCCCGGCAGUGCAAGCGCAACGAGCUGGUGGUGCGCGUGCAGCCGCGCGAGGCCGUCUACGCCAAACUCAACACCAAGAAACCCGGCAUGUUCCUGCGGCCCGAGGAGUCCGAGCUCGACCUCACCUACGGCAGCCGAUACAAGGACGUGAAGCUGCCGGACGCGUACGAGCGGCUGCUGCUGGACGUCAUCUGCGGGAACCAAAUGCACUUUGUGCGCAGGUGAGGGGACAGGGGACACCUGGGGACACCUGGGGACAGGGGGGACUUGACCUCAGGUGGGGACUGGGGACAGGU